UCCAGUUCGUUCAUUCGCUCGUUUGCCAGCCAUGGCUCUCCAUCUUCACCACCUACCCCUCCUCCUCCUCCUCCUCCUGCUAUCCACCGCCUCCGCCUCCGCCUCCGCCACCCACUCGCCGGAGACCGCGCGCUCCCACCACCACCACCACCGCUCGCCCUUCGGCACGGCCACCGCCCACUUCCACCCCGUCCCUGCCGCCGCGGCCUCCAUGCACCAAAACCACCUCCACGCCGACAGCCAGUCUCUGCUCGCCACCGGCGACGUCGACCCCGUGCUCGCCGACGCGCAGCCAACGGACGCGGCGGCCACACCGCCUCCCGCGCUCGUCCUCCCGGUGCCGGAUCUCGCCGAGGCGACGCCGCAGCCGCAGGAGGAGGGGUCCGCGUCCACGACCACCACCACCACGGUUCUCCCGCUCCCUGCCACGGUGGCGACGCCCGCGAGCCCGCCUCCGCAUCCCGCCGUGUCCGACGCCGAGCAGGGGAUGCAGCAGCUCGCGAGGGUGCUCACCUCUCUGGGCUACAACGAGAUGGCGUCGGAGGCGCCGCUCCUCGCCCGCGCGCCGCCGCUCGCGAGGUGGCCCGGGGCCAUCACCGUCUUCGCGGCCCCCGACGCCUUCCUCCAGGCCUCCUGCCCCAUGUGCUCGCGCCGCCACCUCCUCGAGCAGCACAUCGCCAUGGGCUACUACCCCUACUCCGACCUCGCCGCCGCCGCCACCAUGAAGAUCCCCUCCGCCUCCGUCGGCUUCUGCAUCAAGGUGGCCACCGAGCGGGGCCCCUUCGGCAUCCACUACGCCAGGAUCUACGCCGACGGCGUCGAGGUGUCCCACCCCGAGCUCUACAACGACGGCCGCUACGUCGUCCACGGCCUCCACGGCUUCCUGCGCCCGCUCACGCACUCCUGCUUCGACGGCCCGCACCACCACCACCACCUCACCGGCCGCUCCGCCGCAUCCUCCGCGGCCACCGCUGCCUCCGUGGUGCGCAUCAUGAUCCGCGACGCCAUGGCGCGACUCCGCGACGGGGGCUACGGCUUCAUGGCGCUGGCCAUGCGCGUCAAGUUCGCCGAGCUCGAGAAGUACGCCAACCUGACGCUCUUCGCGCUCGACGACCCGGCCAUCUUCGUCGGCGGAGGCCACGACUACGUCUCGGCGGUGAGGUUCCACAUCGUCCCCAACCACCGCCUCACGCGCGCCGACCUCCACCGCCUCCGCCCCGGCACGGUCCUCCCCACGCUGGCCGGCGAGGGCCAGAGCCUCGUCGUCACCCACUACGCCACCGACUCGGCCUCCAAGUCCAACGACGUCCGCAUCAACUACAUACCCAUCAAGGAGCCCGACGUGGUGGUCAACUCGCGCAUCGCCGUCCACGGCGUCUACGUGCCGUUCCCCCGCCUCCACCUCGCCGACCUCGCCGUCGCGUCCGCCACCGACCAGACGAACGGCACCUGCGGCGUCGGGGGGGCCUUCGGCGACUGCGCCUCCUCAGCGAUCACCUCUCCCGGCGAGUGAAGCGUGAGUCGUCCCGAUCGUUUUGCUCUGUUAUGUUUCUAGCCAUUGAGGAUUUAGUGCUAGUAGUGCGUAGUGGUUCGGAUGACAGAUUGAUCACUCGUUUAGUUCAUAGAGUUUCAGAUUAGAGAUUGGGCAGUGGUGGUGAUGAGUACUGUGUUCUUCUGAUCACAUUUUGGCACCGAAUGGAUGUUGCUCUGUUCCCACUGUUUAGAUGGGAAUUUGAUUCA